CUGCCGACGGAUAAAACUUUCCUCACGAUCUGCGCUCUUUACACACGGGCGGCGGAAGCUCAGCAAAGCGCAGCCGCUCGCCGCCGCCGUAGAGGAGCGUCCCGACUAAAUGUUUGGUGCGGCCGCGGGACGUUGCCUUCCAACCGGUGACAUUUGCCAUUUCCUAAGGCCAACCUGAGGGGGGCAUUCACGUUGUCUAUGGUGAAGAUGAGUGUGGAGCCCGUGAAGGUGAAGGAGCUCCAAAUUUGCGCCUCUUCCAACGGAGAGAAGGGAGACUCGUGGGAGGAGGCAGACGAGCUCCAACAAGACCGCCUGGGACUCAUCGCCGAACCGAAGCAGGUGGCAGGCAGACGGGCCCGCAAGGUGGAAGGAGGCGUGUUCUUUCCUAAGCCUGAGAACGCAGUGACAAUCGCCGUGUCCACGCGGGUCCUGUUCCGAACGGAGCGGGAGCAGAAAGUCUUCGAGCGGCACGGCGUGGAGGAAUACCUGAGAUACCAAAUCGAACACGAGAACGAACCCUUCGCCCCGGGACCCGCUUUCCCAUUUGUCAAGGCUCUGGAAGCGGUAAAUAGCCGUCUGCGCCAGUUGUAUCCGCAAAGCGAAGAGUUGUUUGACAUCGUGCUGGUGACGUACAACCACGCUCACGUUGGCGUCCGCCUCAUCAACACCAUCAACCAUCACAAUCUCUUCAUCGAGCGCUUUUGCAUGACCGGCGGAAGCAGUCCAAUCGGCUACCUCAAGGCCUGGCACACCAACCUCUACCUGUCGGCCGACGCAGAAAAGGUCAGGGAGGCGCUGGCUGAAGGUAUCGCGGCGGCAACCAUGUUCAUGCCAGAGAAGCAGACGGAGGUGUCGGCGUCCCAGCUGAGGGUGGCGUUCGACGGCGAUGCCGUUCUCUUCUCCGACGAAUCCGAGCGCAUCUUCAAGGCCCACGGACUGGACAGGUUCUUCGAACACGAGCGCGAAAACGAGGACACUCUGCUGGAUCAUGGUCCCCUGAAAGGUUUCCUGGAGGCCCUCGGGAAGCUCCAGAAGAAGUUUUACGCUAAAGGCCAGCGCCUGGACUGCCCCAUCCGGACCUACUUGGUGACGGCGCGAAGCGCAGCCAGCUCGGGCAUCCGAGCCCUGAAAACGCUCAGGGCUUGGGGGCUGGAGAUCGACGAGGCCUUGUUCCUGGCGGGGGCGCCCAAGGGCCCCAUGCUGGAGAAGAUCAGACCUCACAUUUACUUUGACGACCAGAUGUUUCACGUGGAGGGCGCGGCCGAGAUGGGCACGGUUGCGGCCCACGUGCCGUACGGCGUUGCGCAGAAGCGCGACGCCAGGCAAGCGGGGAAGUAGAUGAGAGGAGAGGCGGAUAUGAACUUUUCAACUGAAAAGUCUCGCCUGAUCCGAUAUGUGCGAUGCAAUCGGCGGAACCCCCAAAGUCAACGGGCAUGGUUAAGUUAACCUUUUAACACGGUUUAAUUGUCACACGAGUACAGGGAGAAGCUGUUCGGUAUUCGAAGAUCCCAUCACCUGCUAUCGGAUGACAAAACGCUAUGUCAUGUAGUAAGCCUAUUUACCUUGCACGUGACUGAUAACACUCCCCAAAAUAGCAAUUUAGGUGCUUCGUGGGGUUUUUUUUCCCCCCAAAAUUUUUUAUGAACUUAAAAUUGUACGACGACGGUUGCAUAUGACUUCCACUUUACACGCCGAACGUAUUUCACGGUAUGAUUGCAGAGCCCGAACCAAAUACGGUUUUGCCUUUGAGUCAUAAGCACGGUUAGCAUGUCGGCCUCACGGUGCGCGGGUUCAAUUCCAGCUGCGGCCUUCCGGUGUGGAAUUUGCAUGUUCUCCCCCACCGUGCCUUUGUGGGUUUUGUGCAUUGCGGCCUUCGGUUGAUUUGAACGACUGAAUAAAAGGCACCGGCGCGUCAUCACUGUCACCAUCUACCAUUAGGGGGCAGCACCGCAAUGCAAAUAAAUGUCCUGCAGAAUGGUGGCCUCC